AUGUCUGGAUCUUCUUCUUCGUGCAAAUGCUUGGGUGGUNNGGGCUUNGAACANAGUACUGGUGGUGGGAGCUGGUUGGGAGCAAAACCCAGUUGCUAUUGUGGUUCGAAAGCAGUGUUUCGCAUGGCCAAAACUGCUAAGAACAAGGGNAAACGAUUUUGGGGUUGCCCUCACUUCAAGGGUGGGAGUGGAGAGAUGGGUGGAUGCAACUUCUUUCAGUGGUGCAAUGAAGAAGUCUUUGAUGAACGAAAUUUGAGGAUUCGUGAUGAAAGGAGUGCAAGUGCGAGAAACGACGAAGUGGGUGGAAGUAUGAUGAAGAUGGAAGAAAGAGAUGUUGGAAAUCUGAAAUAUGCUUCUUUGGAGAAAAGUGUCGUUAUUUUGGAGAAGGGCAUGAAGGUGUUAAUUGGGAUGAUGUUUGUUACCUGGGUGUUUAAUGUAAUUUUGAUUGUGAUGUUGAUGAAAGUAGAUUGA